AGCAAGCAUACGCAGCAGGACGAGUUUAGCAUCGAGCGUUGGCAAGGCGCCAUCAUCCGCGUAUAUUUUUAGGCCAACGGCGCGUUGGUGUCCUUGGCCAGUGGCCAAGUGACCAUGUCGAAACCCGAGACUGUCGAUGAGAAGCAGGCGGCACCAAUGGCGCCGUUCCAUCUCGCUGUGCCCGUCCACAGCAUGAAAGAAGCCAAGCACUUUUACGGCACGAUCCUGGCGCUCCAGGAAGGUCACGGGACGACCCAGUACCAGAUUUAUAACAUGUGGGGACACCAGCUCGUGAUCCACGAUGCCGGCCCGACGUACCGGUGCCUCGACUUGCCCGUGGCUCAUGAUGAGAUUCCCAUGCCGCAUUUCGGCGUCUGCUUGAGUGUCCCCGAGUUCCAGUGGCUCGCAAAGCACCUCACGACCCAGCGAGUGACCUUCCACAUCAAGCCCCACGUGCGCUACGAAGGCACGCAUGGCGAGCAGUGGAAGAUGUUUCUCAAGGACCCGAGCGGCAACAACCUCGAGUUCAAGGCACUGCGUGACGCCACCAAGUUGCUCGCCAAGUACGACGUCUAGCGUAUAGUUUCGAGUGUUCGCGAUCGACGUGCUUUCCGUGCAAGAGUGUGGACACUAUGUCUUAAUCAAAAAUUGUAGAUUCAUUUUCUUACUAA